ACAUUGACAUCCUAGAAACAUUCAGAGCUGUGUUCAAGAGUGGUUUUCUUUUAGUCUGAUAAGGCUUCUAUCUUGACUUAAAAGACACUUUUAAAGAAGAUUUUUCGAUUAAAAUGGAAAUACACACGAUGAAGAAGCGUCCGACUCCGUGGCUGUGGUCGUUAUUCCCACUGUACUGGUGAUCAGUUCUGUGGUCGUGGUGUCCCUCAUCUUCUGCAGUAUCCUCAGGAAGAGGAGAAUCAGCCCGCUGAGCUUCAUAGGCAGCUCAGUGCAGAACACCAACAGUAGGAACGUUUACACAUCCGUUAACGGAAUCAAAUGACUCGGAUUACAUUUUUUCUGCACUUGUUAAACGUAGAGUAGAGACUGUUUACAGUGGAUCCAUUCCCGGGCUUAUCGUAUGGAUUUGACAUUUGUCCUUUUCUAUUUCCCCCCAGAAGGUCAGCAUUGUUCUUCCCUGGGUGCAGAGCCUCUGAUCCCCUGUGGAGUGAGAGAGGCUCUGCACCCGUGGGAGAUGCCUGCAGAGUGGGAUGUCGAUGGCGUGGAGCUGUUGUGCACGGGGAGCUACGGCCCUGUCUGCGGAGGCUGGCUGGCCAGAGAGGGACGCUCCGCAGCAGUGGUGGUGAAGGCGCUCCGGGAUCCCGCCAGCCCGUCUGAAGAAAGAGAGUUUGCUGAGUGGAUUCUGUUCCACGCCAAGGUGUGCAAUAAUAAGAGUGAGCGGCUGGUGCGGAUGCUGUGCUGCCAGGCGCAGCGUCUUCCAAUGUACCUGGUCCUGGAGGCCCACAGCCCAGGCAACCUGCUCCAAUUCCUCUGGGGCCUCAGAGAGAAGGAUUCAGACAAGGGGCCGCUGCACGUCUCGGAGAGGUCAGUGUUUCUGUUGGCGACCCAGGUGGCAGAGGGCCUGGAUUACCUCCUGACAGAACACAGGGUAGUGCAUGGUUACGUCGCUGCAAGGAACAUUCUGAUUGGCCCAGACCUGUCUGCCAGGGUGUCUGGAUUGGGCACAGCAUUUGCCGAGCACCAAACAGACAGAACUACAAGGGAGCGGCCCAUGGAGGUACCCCUGAAGUGGCUGGCUCCUGAGAGGAUUACCAACCAGCCAGCCUUCCACAGGAGUGAUGUGUGGUCGUUUGGAAUCUUAUUAUAUGAACUUAUAACCUCAGGGUCCCCUCCAUAUCCUGAGUUGGAACCCCAGUCUGUGCUUCCACAUCUUCAGAGUUCCUACCGAAUGGAACAACCAGAAGGCUGCGGGGCCCCUCUGUACAACCUGAUGAAGUACUGUUGGAUUUGGAGCUUCAAGGACCGUCCAACCUUCUCCGCAAUCAUCAAGCUGUUGGGGUCCACCUUGGACCUGGCCGCUACGGAAGCCCUGCCGUCCCAAGGGCUCAUAGACGCCGCCCAAUACAACAAGAUAGCAGGCAUACAUCCCCACUUAUGGCAGCUGUCACCAGACAGCCCAAUCAAACAAGAAUCCAGUGCGUGUUAGGGUGAUUAUAGUGUGUCAGGGUUUUUGACGACAUUCUGUAUGGUGAAUACUAUGGUUGUGAUCGAGGUGUUUACUGGACAUGGUCAAGUACCAUUAUGAUUGAUUGAAAACAGCGCAAAGGAGUCAAGUUACAUUUGACACAAUGAUACAAGAUAGUUGUGCUACUUUGUAGGAGCAGUUUUUCCAUAAUUCAAAAAAAUGCCAUAAAAUAUGUCAUAUUGCAGUCUUUUUAUUUUCAAAAUGAGCAGAAUCAAAAAUACAGAUUUUUGUACAUGCCCUUAUCUGCUGUGCAAAUUUGGACAAUGACCCGACAAUGCUCAGAAUGCAUACAACACUGACCUUGCAGUUUCAAAGUGGGAGGACAUGAAAACAUUGGGAAUGAAUGUGGUGUUUAUUUAGUCAGAACUGGAAUGCAAUAAGUUAUGGAAGCCGCAGAUAGAAGAGCAGCAAAACCAUAUCUAGUUCGAUGUUUACAAUUUCAACAUUGCAGGCAACUUAAUUGACAAUUAUUGUAUGCCAGUUAUUUAUAAAGAACAGCAAUUUCAUUCUAGGUCCUUAUUUUCUUUCAAGUUUUUUAACAAAGGAUAUUAUUCUAAAUGUAGACACAAAUGUAUUCAUGCAUGGAUUACUUUUGAAAGUCAAACCAAAUAGCCUCAUAAAACAGAGGCAAAGAUGUACAAGCAAAAUGCCCAAAUACCAAAAUCCAAUAGAGAAAAGAAAAAAACAUAGAAUCGAUCAUGGUAAUAUUGAAGUCAUCGUUUAAUUCGCAGUAUCCUAAAAUCGGAAUAACAAAUAUUUCAAAUGAGAUGUUACAUAGAUGAUUGAUUUAUGAGUUGUAUUUUUAUAGAAUUGGUCAAAGCGCCUUUUCUCAACAAGUGUUAGAAUUGGAUACAACAUUUACCUCACGUGUUGACUACAGUCAAAGGGAAU